CGAAGCGCCCGCGUGGCCGGCGCCUUCCCGCAGGCGCCCGACCCGCCUGGUCUCUCCCUCCCCACCCCCAGCCCUCGGGCACGCGCGCCCUCGCGCCCUCCUCCCGCCGCCCCCCUCCCGCCGCCUCGCGCCCUCGCGCCCCCCUCCCGCUCUCCGCGCACGCGCGCCCGCUCCCGGCCCGGCUCCUGAGCCUCAGUCGGUGUCAGACGCUCACACCGCCGGAGCCGCCAGAGCCGCCGGAGCCUCGGGAGCCGCGUCGGGCCUCGGCGCUGGGGCAGAGCCGAGGGGAGCGCAGCGGAGCCGGGGAGGGAGGGAGGGAGACACAGAGAGACAGAAAGAGAGAGAGCCGGAGCGGGAUCAUGGACGUGCCGCCGCGCCUCGACCCUGCCCUGGGCAGCCCUGCCAGCCCAUGCGAGGACGUGAUCAAGAACCUGAGCCUGGAGGCCAUCCAGCUGUGCGAGCGCGACGGAAACAAAUCCCAAGAUAGUGGCAUAGCAGAAAUGGAGGAACUUCCAGUCCCGCACAACAUCAAGAUUAGUAAUAUCACAUGUGAUUCCUUCAAGAUUUCAUGGGAAAUGGAUUCCAAAUCGAAGGACCGGAUUACACACUAUUUCAUUGACCUGAACAAGAAAGAGAACAAAAAUUCUAACAAAUUUAAACAUAAGGAUGUUCCCACCAAAUUGGUGGCCAAAGCUGUCCCCUUGCCCAUGACUGUGCGUGGACACUGGUUCCUGAGCCCAAGGACUGAAUACACAGUCGCGGUGCAGACAGCCUCGAAGCAGGUGGAUGGAGAUUAUGUUGUGUCUGAGUGGAGUGAAAUCAUCGAAUUUUGCACUGCAGAUUAUUCCAAAGUUCACUUAACACAACUCUUAGAAAAAGCCGAAGUGAUUGCAGGACGUAUGCUUAAAUUUACCGUUUUUUAUCGUAAUCAGCACAAAGAAUACUUUGACUACAUCCGAGAGCAGCACGGGAAAGCCAUGCAGCCGUCCGUCAAAGAUAACAGUGGGAGCCAUGGUUCUCCCAUUAGUGGGAAGCUGGAAGGCAUCUUCUUCAGCUGCAGCACCGAGUUCAACACGGGGAAGCCCCCCCAAGAUUCCCCUUAUGGCAGAUACAGGUUCGAGAUCGCAGCAGAGAAACUCUUUAACCCCAAUACCAACUUGUACUUUGGGGACUUCUACUGUAUGUACACCGCCUAUCACUACGUGAUUCUCGUCAUCGCUCCUGUUGGGUCACCAGGAGAUGAAUUCUGUAAGCAGCGCCUCCCUCAGCUAAAUUCUAAGGAUAAUAAAUUUCUGACCUGCACUGAAGAAGAUGGUGUGCUGGUUUACCACCAUGCCCAGGAUGUCAUUUUAGAAGUUAUUUACACUGACCCUGUGGAUCUCUCCCUUGGCACCGUGGCAGAAAUCACUGGUCACCAGCUCAUGAGCUUGUCUACCGCAAAUGCAAAGAAAGACCCCAGCUGCAAAACCUGCAAUAUUAGCGUUGGACGUUAACGCGCCCUCGUGGUUCCUUUUCCUCUGCCCUCCUCAGCCCUCCCGACACCUCCAGUCCUUCCCUAGGAGCAUCUGACCCUCUGUUGUCCAUUCUCAUCGCCAGGUGUUCUCUGAAGCAUGUCCACGCCGCUGUCACCAAAAGCAGUCAGCUAUGUUUCACAAUUUCUUUAAUAGCAUUUUUAGUAUUUCCUCUUCCCUCCCCUCCCCAUUGCUUAGAUGAUAAAAGGUCCUGAGUUUUCCUUCCGGCUCACUCGUUUAUUGCCUAGAUGCUGCAAUGUCUUUUCUUUAUCCUUUUCUGCCGAACGUAACAAAAUGAAUCUAUAUAGCCAGCUUUAGCAGAAUACAAAUUAAUGGCUUACAAAUGUUGUUUAAAUAUGCAUUCACUUUAAUCUACUGAACAAAUAUUGGGAUAACUCCAAACAGCAUGAGAGGUUGUAAUUGCAGCAUGAGUUAAAAAUCUUGAAGCCUAGAAUUGUCAGCACUUCCAACUUGUUGUUUGACAGUGUUAUUUAUGUUAUUUAUAUUAGCUAACAGGAAACUACUACUGUGUUUCAACAUAAUAAAUAUAAUAGAAAAAUA